AUGGGAUACUCCAAUAUGACCUUAUUAAUUGUUUGUUGCAUUACCUUUGCUAUAUUUCCCUCUAUAUCCCAAGCUCAAAAUUCUCCCCAAGAUUAUCUUAACGCUCAUAAUGCAGCUCGUAGACAAGUUGGUGUCGGCCCUAUGACAUGGGACAACAGGCUAGCUGCCUAUGCCCAAAAUUAUGCUAAUCAAAGAAUGGGGGACUGCAGGAUGCAACAUUCAAGUGGGCCCUAUGGCGAAAACCUAGCCGCGGCUUUCCCCGCACUCAACGCGGGUGGUGCCGUGAAGAUGUGGGUCGAUGAGAAGCAAUGGUACCAUUAUAAUUCAAAUACUUGUCAACCUGGUAAAGUAUGUGGACACUAUACUCAAGUAGUAUGGCGUAAUUCAGUACGUCUUGGUUGUGCAAGGGUUAGAUGCAACAAUGGAUGGUAUUUUAUAACUUGCAAUUAUGAUCCACCAGGUAAUUGGAAUGGUCAACGUCCUUACGGUGAUCAUGAAUAA